AUGGCUGCCUUCUGCUUCUCAAACACCUUUGAUCACCACCAAUCCACCAUCAACGAUUCCCUCAUCUUCAACCUAUCGCUUCUUCUAGACAAAACCCAACAACUUCAAUCUCGCGCCACCAUCUUCUUCGCACAAACCCCAUCAUCCAUGGCUUCUUCUGAUCAUUCCACCUCCAACUCGCCGGAAAACAUGGAGAACGUCGCGGGUUUGCUCCAAGAGAUCAUUUCCAUCGUCUUUAACGUCAUCUCCACUUGCCAAAACAUUAGUCAAAAUGAUGCUAAUAACCAGAUUAAUAACGUCAACAACACCCAUAACGAUAUGAUCAUUGGGUUCGAUCAAUUGACUCAAUCCAACCCCAUAUUUGAUCAGUGGUCUGCCGGUGGUGUUGAUCAGAAUAGUAUACUUGGUAAUGCAAAGUGUUCAACAAGAAACGACGACGUUACUGGUUUAGAUCAGAAGAAGAAACAGAAAGAAAUCUUGUGGCAAAAGAACUACGAUAUCGUAGAAAUGGAGGCAGCCGAAUUACUAGCGAAAUACACACAUUAUUGCCAAGUAUGUGGGAAAGGGUUCAAACGAGAUGCGAAUUUGAGGAUGCAUAUGCGAGCCCACGGAGACGAGUACAAGUCGACAGCAGCUCUCGUGAAACCCGUUGUGAUAAACGGUUGUAGUACGACAUCAAUGAGAAAGUAUUCGUGUCCGCAAGAAGGGUGUCGAUGGAACCGUAAGCAUCCAAAGUUCCAGCCGUUGAAGUCGAUGAUUUGCAUGAAGAAUCACUACAAACGGAGCCAUUGUCCGAAGCUGUACGCAUGUAAACGGUGCAACGGAAAGCAGUUUUCGGUGGUUUCGGAUUUACGGACGCAUGAGAAGCAUUGUGGGGAUGUGAAAUGGCGAUGUUCUUGUGGCACAACGUUUUCGAGGAAAGAUAAGCUCAUGGGUCAUGUUGGUUUGUUCUUAGGGCAUACCCCAGUUGUUGAUUAUAAUAAGAGUACUUCUUUGAUUAAGAGUCAAUGAGAUUUGGAAGGUGGGUUUUUGUCUCAUGUUUAAAUGGUUAUAAACAUAUAUAUAAUAACGUGUUUGAUUGAA